AUGGCGAAGCACCAGUACAAGCACUGCUCGAAAUGCGAGGAACGCAUCCGCCAGGACCCCCUCCCCGAGCUCGUCCUCAUGUUCGCGGACCCGUACGGCUGGGGCGGGGAGGCGGAGGGCGGGCAGAAGCUGGGGAUCCGGUGCACGGAGUGCCAGCUCAGCACGGAGGAGGGGGCCAUCGAGGCCGUGCAGGCGGUCGCGCACGCGCCGGCCGAGCUGUUCACGCAGGACGUGCUGCUGCACCUGCUCGUCGAGCUGGGCCACGCGGGAAGGCUGGUCGUGCACCCGGGGUGGCCCAUGAUCUGGAACGAGGUGAUCAAGGCCGUGUACUGGUGGCGCUCGCGCGUGCAGCUCGCCGACGUCUCGAACACCGUCAGCAUCAUCGCCGGCCGCGAGUGGGCCAUCACCUUCCUCCAGCGCCUCGCGCAGCACGCCCUCUCCGCCACCCAGCGCCAGAUCCACUACUACAACGAGACCCACGGUGGUGGCGGCGGCGGGUCGUCCAGCAGGAACGGCGAGGAGCGCAUCGUCGCGGGGCUCGCGGGACGCACUUGCCAGAUUACGACGCCCCAGGAGGUGCAGGAUUACUUUGACUUCCUGGACGUGCGCGUGAAUUCCUCGAGGUUCCGGUUUAACCAGAACUUGCCGAUUAAGGUGGGUUUUGGAAGUUAG